UUUAUUGCUCUGUUGUCGGACCAGACGUCACGGGGUAUCUUGUAAAUUGUGUCGUUUAUUGACGGCAAUUUAUUCGUGUUCCCUUCACUCUCUUCACGUGCUAUAAAAGGACUUAUCGAUUUUUACGGAGUUUCGCGGUGUGAAUUAAUCGACGAUAUUGCCAACAAUGGGCGUCUCUGAACCUGGUUCUUCCACGACCCCAGACCUGCCUCCCCACGAUCCUGAACGCCCCGGCUCCGGCAGCGGAAUGGACGACGAAGAUCUACCACGCCGGAAGCAGAGGCGGUAUAGGACUACUUUCACAAGUUACCAGUUGGAUGAGCUGGAAAAAGCUUUUGGAAGGACGCAUUAUCCGGAUGUUUUUACGAGAGAAGAACUUGCUCUAAAAAUUGGCCUAACAGAAGCUAGAAUACAAGUAUGGUUCCAAAACCGGCGUGCGAAGUGGCGCAAACAGGAAAAGGUGGGGCCACAAGCACAUCCUUAUAGCGGGUAUUUAGGAGCAGGCCAACCACUACCCAUGGCCGCACCGCUCACCGCCCCGCCACAUCCUUUGAGUCAACUUGGAUUUGGUUUGAGAAAGCCUUUUGACAGCCUCGCCAGUUUUAGGUACGCGAGCGCACCUCUAUUCGGCAGUCAAUACCUAUCACCGUUAUCUCGUCCGCAACUCUUUGGUGCCCCGCUCUACGCCACUUCUCCUGCUCACUUCCACUCUUUGUUCGCCAACUUGACCGCUCCCGAACCGCCACGCCUGUCACCUGAGCGAUUAUCACCAGAACAACUGAGAUUGUCACCUGAAACUCGAUCUCCAAUAGAAGCUAAUAGAGCAGGGAUCCGUGAAGCGACCAGAUCGACUCGUUCGCCAUCCAUUUCCCCGCCAAUAUCGCCUGGAAGUGAAUCUUUGCCGCCACAGUCGGCAAUGGACGAUGUUAGAAGCUCUAGUAUCGCGGCUUUGCGAAUGGCUGCUAGGGAGCACGAGCUGCGAUUAGAAUUAUUGAGGCAAAGAGCUGAUCUAAUUUGUUGACAAAUGAUUUGAAGCUCAUAAUGGCGUUCUAUCGAGGGAUGUACAACUUAAAAUCUAUAGCGAGUGAAAACAAUACAACGCUCGAUUGGUUAUGUGUAAUAAAUAGAGCAAGACAAUUUGGUCAAUUGUUAUUUUUAGUUUUGAUAGCUGUAAAUUCUUGGAAAUAAUGACAUGCGACCCGGAUUGGAGAUAUAAGAAUCAUCUUCAAACAUUUAACUAGACAAUAAAACAGUGAUAUUUUAGAUACAAUAAGUUCUAAUUUCUAAAACCAAUUAUACUUUUCGAGAGGUAAAAAAAAAUGGUU